GGUUGAGGGGCAAGGGCCGGUCUGGCGUCGUUCAAAUUUUGGUUAGUUAAAAAGAAGUUGUUCUCUCAGAUAGUCAGAUUCUCAGAGCCACAAGUCCCACAACCACCAACUGUCCAGUCCGACAGUCCUCCACCUCGCGAGUUCAGUCACCGUCGCCCGCCGUUGUACCAGCCUCCAGACUCGCGAGUUUCAAUCGGUAGUCAGCCCCAGAAUUCACAGCUAACUGAUCCACCUGUCCACCAGACACUAGUCCACCGCCUCCACGCCUCCACAGCAGCACAGCUCCACUCCUGUGGGGUUUGGUGCCUCAUACGCACACAGAUAAGCAGGAAGGAAGAGAGUAGAGUUAAUUGGUUUCAGCUAUAGGAAGAAAUGGAUCUGAAAGAAGCAAUGCCACAGGACACUACAUCACUGGAGAAACGGCCAGGAGUCCUCCUUGUUGGAUCUCCUGACGUUGGAAAACGUACCCUUGUCUCUCGGUUGCUCUCCAUAGAUCUGGAAGACACUACUGAUACAACAUCUGGGUUGCUUGCGUUUGGGUGGUCAAUCAACACAAAAUACUACACUGCUGAUGUUACUGUUUGGUUGGCCAAUCUCCAUAAAAAGUUUUCAGCCCGGUCUCUUCCAAUAUUUGAUCAGUUGGCUGCGUUGGUGAUGGUUUUUGAUAUAAGUAAUUGUUCAUCUGCAGGUUUCAUCUUUUAUUGAACUUAAAGAUUGGGUGUCUCACACGGAUAUUCAGAAGUUUGAUAUUUUGUUAUGCAUUGGCAACAAAGUGGAUCUUCUUCCUGGUCAUUCAGGUCACGUUGAGUAUAGACGCCGGCUGCUGAAAUAUGCAGAAUCUUCUGGUAGUUCAUACACUGAAAUAUUUAACUCUGUCAUUGCUGAGACAGAAGGGAGUAAUCUAUUGGGAGGUGAAGAUGAAUCCUCACUGGGGAUUAAGAAAGCCUGCAUGGAAUGGUGCAGUGAACACAACAUUGAAUGUGUUGAAGCAUGUGCAUCGAAUAUUGAUUUUGACAAGUGUUUAUCUGUUGAUGGUGAUUCUCAGGGUGUCGAGCGACUUGAAGGGGCACUAUCUGCAUAUAUGUGGCCUGGAAUGGUACUAAAGUCUGGUGAUAAAAUAUAUGAACCUUCAUUACCCCAAGAUCAAGACGUGUCAGAUGAAGAAUCUGAAUAUGAACUGGAAUAUGAAAUCCUAUCCGCUGGUUCUGAGGAUCCAUGGGACGAUACAGUUGAAGGCUGGGUAUCUGCAGAUGGUCCCGUUGCAACCACAUAAUCUAGCAAACAAAAGGAGAGUGGUUGUGAAGACAGCAAUAGCAGUGAAAUGAAUCUCAUCAUUGGAGACAACGAGCUUCCAAAACCAGAACAAUCUCACCGGCCGGGAAAAGAUGAAACUAAUAACGGCACAACAACAUACAAAUUUGAGGAUUUGGAGCAGCUAAUGGGUGAGAUAGGGAACAUGCGGGAUAGUUUGAGGUUGAUGCCGGAUUUUCAGAGGAGGGAGAUGGCGGCAAAUCUGGCCAUGAAAAUGGCAUCCAUGUUUGGGGAUAGCAGUGGAGAUGAAGAAGGGUUGGACUGAUUUAGACUGUUCUUGUACACAUUUGUUAUUUAAUAAUGUAUGUAGUACUAAAAAUCUCAUCUAUACACCAUCAUUGAACUUAUGUUGAUUUUAUUUGUUACUCCCCAAGUCCCUAUUAUGUGUUUUUUUGUUUUAUUUUUUCACUUUCCUGUGCCACUUACUAUGUUUAAUAGGUGUAUCAAGGAGACUGAUACUAUGACUAAUGACGUUAUGACGGUGUCUGUGGUUAAUGUCCGAAUUAGUUGGAGUUG